UCGUCACGGAACAUCCUUAUCCAAAGCGAAGUUGCCAAGAUUACUGACUUCGGUCUCGCCGAGUUCAUUAGAGAACAGACUGACGACUUUUGUGGUGGGACGUCCGGCGUAUGCAUUGGAGACGCUGACUUUAUUCGUGAUAAAAAAUCUGUUCGGGCCAAACGUUGUGAAUUGGAGAGUUCUGAAUAA